AUGAGAUCGUUGCCACUCUUCCUCCUUAGGGCCGUCCUCGCCUACCUGCUCUAUGCUGUAGGGCCCUCUCUCCGUCGUAGACUGACCGUGCUUGGUGCCCUCCGCAGAUAUCCUGGCGCCGCCGCGGCCAAGGGCGAGGACGGCACCCUGUCUACGGCUUGCGAGGACAACGCCGAAACGAGGUUCAAGUGGUUCCGUCCACUGACUAAUUUUGACGAUCCCGAGCUACCGGUAAAAGCCGAGGCUCCGUCUAUCUACGAUGUAGCCGUCCGGGGCAAGGGACCGCACACCCGCUCGCCGCUCGAGAUCUUCCACCACGUCCUCGGAUCCACAUCCACCAAGCGACUUCGAUCUGUCUGGCAUCCGCUCAUUAGGAUGUCGAACGACAUUUCCGCCGAGAGCCCCGCCUCGAUCUACUGGACCGAGGUGGUGCGUGUCCGGCUCGCCUCGUUGGCGGCAUCAGAUCCCUCUGCCGGCGUAACUACCCGUGUUGCUUUGUUCGAUGUAUACAACAGCAACAGUCUCAGUUAUGGUCGGUCAGAGUGGGAGAUGGUCAUCUCGAGUUACACUAGUGGAGUGCUUCAUAUUGGUCCAAUCCCGGCCGACGCCAACGGCAGUAUUACGGUAAGUAAAUCCGUCGAGAUCGACCACGUCGCUGAUAACCCGAGCUGCUUUGCCGAUCCCUACGCCACUCCGGGUGACAACCGAACGAAAGAUCCAGCCGCCAAGGACCCAUUCAUGAUCACGUACGUGAGGCCGAUUGCCAGCCGUUGGGAGAAGCGGGGCCUCUUUGAGAACGACGGGACCAGGCUCAGGAGUGCCAGUGCAGUCGUCUUAGUGGCGCUUGAGCCGACUGCAGACUCGGAGAAAGCCGUGGACACAAGAAAGGCAUGGCUCUUUGCCACAGGUUUCCUAUCAAGGAGCAUCAUUGCCAUCAAGAUACGUUUCCGGCUUCUUGGAUGAGUUCUGGACCCGCAGACAACACCGUGUUCUUCUCUCAAAGUUACACAGGUCUCACCAUCUCCGGCACCGAGACAUUUUCAGCUCCAAUCGACAGCGAGGCACUGCGAGUCGUCCCGCUCAAACGGCACCUUUGCAUUGCGUUUCCGGGCUUCCGCGUAUACCACAAGAAGCAGUCAGAAAUCAAGUCUCAAGCUGAGACAACUCCCGUUCCGGCAGUAUGAUUGUAAAUGAGCGAAAAGAAUCGCCCUAUAAGGUAGGAAACCGAGUAUUCAUUCAAUGGUGGUGUGCUGCUAGCACCACCU